AUAGAAGAUAAAAAUUAUGCACCAUUUAGGUGUGAAGAAAAGCAAUCUUCUUGAUUUGGCUUCUGCAGAGACAAACAAGCUUGGCUCUACAGGCAAACAUGACCAGCCUCUCUGCCCCAAGCCUCGUAGAGUUGGCCCUGCCAUACCUGAAUUCCUCAAGCCUCAAAGAUGUAACAAGCACAGCCAACAAAAUUCUGAUGAAAGAAGUGGAAUUCUGAAUAUGAUCACUGAAAAGGAAAUAUUUGAUGGGAGAGAACAUGUAUGCACCAAGUGUUCACCAGCAUGUUACUCAGGAUCUCCACCAGGCAGAACAAAUAACCCUCUGGUUCAUGAUGUGCAGUUUCUUCAUCAGAUGGAACUUCUUUCUCCAUUCACAAGAACAAAGCUCUCAGAUAAAUUUGGUUUUAGUACCUCUGCCUCUCCACUGUGAUCGUCUCCCGAUUUGUUGGAAGAAUGAGAGUUUUUGUUUCCCUGAAUUUUCAGGGUUCUGUUUUUGUA